AUGGCGCCGCCAUCGCAGCAGCUGGUGCUCGCGGCUUCCUCUGCCGACGCCGGCGUGGCCGCGUGGGAUCUCCGCACGGGCGCCGAGGCUAUCCGCCACCGGCCCUGCUCUUCCCGGCCACGUGCCAUCACCGCCGUCGCCGACCGUUUCCUCGCUGCCGCUCAAGCUCCCGCCGGCAACUCCGCCCCCAUCCACUACUACCACUGGGACAAGCCCCAGGUGGCCGUGAAGAGCUUCCCCGCAGAGCCAAUCCGCGUGCUCAUUGCUGAUCCGGAGGGGAACUAUCUCAUCGGCGGCGGUAUUUCCGGUGACAUUUUCUUUUGGGAGGUGGCAAGUGGAGAGCUGCUUGUCCGAUGGCAUGCUCACUAUCGUGACGUUAGGUGCCUAGCCCUCUAUGACUUAUUACUUGUCUCAGGGUCUGAAGAUGGGAGCAUCAAAGUUUGGGAUCUUCUCACGAUGCUUGAUGAACAAUCAAGGUUGGAGGCGAAGACUCCAUACCUGUACAACUUUAAUCAACACGCACUUCCUGUAACUGAUGUUGCUUGUUUUCAUGGAGCAAUUGCUGUGUCAUCUUCAGAGGACCGCACAUGUAAAAUAUGGAGUCUAUCUGAGGGCAGGAUGCUAAGAAGUAUUUCAUUUCCUGCCAUCAUUGAUUCUGUUGAAGUAGACCCAAGAAGUCAUAUUUUCUAUGCUGGUGGCAGAGAUGGAAAGAUAUAUGUUACUGCUAUGGGAGUUGACCCCUCUCAGGGCCGUGACGAUUCAUCUAUUCUCGGGGCUUUGGAUGACCACAGCAAGGCCGUAACGAGCUUAGCGUCAAGCACUGAUGGGCUUCUGCUAGUCUCUGGAUCGGAGGAUGGCCAUGUUCGGGUUUGGGAUACCAGAAGUCAGCAAGUAACCCGGAAAUUCAAACACUCCCAAGGUCCAGUAACAAAUGUUCUCAUAGUAACACCCAAAAGAGUGAAUUUACCACCUCUACAAUCAUUGCGUAAAGUGUGCGCAGCAAAUGGCGAAGUUGAACCACGAGCUGUAAUUCUGCCCCACCCUGAAAACGAUGUUCACAUUGCUGGAAAUCUCAGCUCUAACCUUCUAGAGCACCUCUUGGAUGCAACUCAGCAGCAUGGCAGUUCUAGGUUAUUUGAUUCUGGGGCGAGCACUCCCAAUGGGGCACCUAACGAACAGGGGGCAGAAUGGAGAAGUAAAUACCUGGAAUUGCAGGAUCUUUUUGUGCAUGAGGUUCGUGGUCAGAUGCCAUCUUCAAUGGACAUAUGAUACCACAAGACUGGAUAUUACAGGUUAUUACCGUAAGUUAGGAUGCCUGUGGUGAAAUUGUGUCGCCAACAAAUGAGCUGGUAUUCAACUAUAAAACCUGGGAACUCUGAGGAUGCAGAAGAUGAAUUCUUAGAAACAAUGAAGAUCAUACCUCUUGAUGUGCUGACAGGUGAACUGAAAGGAUGAGUUCUUUGAAACAAUGAAGUAGUUAUAUCAAUUGACAUGUGGAAGAGUAAUACUAGAAAUGGAAAGAUAUUUAAAUGGAACAAAAGGAUUGGUGGUAGAUGGGACAUCUGAAACUAUGAUUAUACUGAGUAAUCAGAAGUGAAGAUUUUUGCUUAAAAUA